AUAAAAAAUAUACUAAAAACCUUGAUUAUUCUGGUUAGUCACAUUGUACUGCUAUUAUUUUGAACAAUACUGUAUAUUUUGCUGCACUGAGUGUUUCAACUACUCUGACGAGUCCUUCAGUCCCUGCUGCUGAAAAACAGCCCAAAACACAAGUCUGCUACCAGCACACUUUACUCUGUUGAGAUACUGCAGGUGAUGAGCAGAGCUGGUUUCCUUCAAACAAGACACUUAGAAUCUGUAGGGUGUUCUUCUGAAACAUACCACUAUCUCCCUGGUCUUCACUUAGCAAGUUUGAACCUGCUACCUAUUGAUCUGAAAUUUAAUAAUCGUACAGUGAAUUAUACCUUAUUCCAUUAGCCAGACAUAAUGUUUAGACUGUAGCUGAAGAUCAACGGAAGAUGAGUUGAGUAUAAUACAGAUCUUCUUUUCAGCCCUGACCUGGCCCUCCGAUGAUGUCCACAUACUUUUAAAAUAAUCUACUUUUAAAAGUAAAAAACUUUUUACUUCAGUGAUAUGCUUACAGGUUAUACAUGCUUACUUAACGAUAAGCCUCUGCACCAUACUUGCCCCACAAACAGGCCUUGAAGGAGUAGUUCACUUUAAAAUGAAGAUUAGCCCAUUAUUUACUCUCCCUCAAGUCAUCCAAGGUGUAUGUGACUUUCUUGUUGAUUGCAAUUCACUCCCAUUAUAAAGCUCAGAAACAUCAUGGUGUUAAUUAAUAUAACUCUUAAUGUAUUGGUCUGGAAGAAGAAAGUCACAUACACCUAGGAUGACUUGAGGGAGAGUAAAUAAUGGGCUAAUCUUCAUUUUAAAGUGAACUAAUUAUUUAAUAGGCCUUUAAGCUACAUGAAGUAUAAAGUGAUAGUAACUACUCAAUUAGAUCAGUUAUAGUGCUAGGAGUACUAGCCCAUGCACACGUGUAGAAUACAUAUUUGAUCAACAGUCAUGAAUUAAUUAAAUGUAUUAAUAUUAUUAUAAGGCAUUUCUGGUAAUUAAAAGUCCAUUAAUUGGAGAAAACAUUGAUAUUAAAGCACAUGGUUGCCGACACAGUUUUAGAGUUUUUUAUUUUAUUUUGUAAUGCUGGUGAAUAAUUAUACAAAUUGCAGUGAAGUUUGCUGUUCUAGACUCACAUGGAGUAUGGGUUGGGGAAAAAACUGACGGGAACGUUUUUAAUAUAUUUUAUAAGGAAAAAUAAUUUCAUUUGUGAAAAAGUUGAGUGACGUAAUUUAACCCGGGAAAACAUUUUUUUGGCGGGAGCCGUGACGAGUUGAGUUCGUCAUUCGCGCGAGGAGACAGAUCGUCAGAGAGGUAAGUUCACUAGCUUGUUUUAUAAACUCUUAUCUUUUCAAAUUGUGAAACUUUGACCAAAUAAACAAAUGAUUGAUAGCUACCUAGAUAUACAGACCAGCAAAUGACUACAUCUGGUGCUCGCCUAUAGUAUGAAGACGACGAGUAACGAACGUUAUUUAGGUGAGCUAAAUUAGCGUUAGACCGAAGCCAAUCGUUAGGCCUGUCAUAAACAAUAUUAUUGUCAUUUUAAGACAAUUUUGUGCCACUUAGUAUUUAAUCAUAAUAUAAAAGCAUAAUAAUAAAAUUAGGCAUAACGUUAUACACUUUAAAAAGACAACAACUAUUUAAUUAUUUUGAUAAGUGGUGUCAAAAAAACACUGAAUGAAAAAAAAAACUUAAAUAAAGAGUAAAUAAUCAUUGUAAAAUAAUAAUACUAAUAAAAAAGCGCAAAGUACGUUACAAGUAGAGAAGAGAAAAGGUGCACACUAUUGCUGAGUUAAGUUAGCGGGCAGAUGUGUGUCUGAACGAGCCUCAGCGAGACUGAUCUGAUAAUAAAACAGGUUUUUUAUGUGCACCAUUUUGCGCUGUGACGUAUUAACUUGCUCAAGAACAGUGGAUUGCGGCUUUGAAAUCGAGCGCAUUUAGAUUUGUUCUGUAACGUUAGUUGUCAUGAAAACACGAUGGCGUGUUCUUCAGCUUCUGUAGGGCGCUGUGUGUUUGAAGGAGAACACAACACCACAGCGCGAUCUGCGAGAUGUGCUGCCACUCAUUAUCAUAUAAACAUACUGGGCGAAGGAUUGCGUCACCAGACGGUUUUGAGGUCAUGUAGAUAUUGUGAGUUAUGUCGAUAUAUUAUUGAUUAUUGCGACAGGCCUAAUGCUCGCUAGUUGCAGAUAAUUUGAGAAAAAUCGAUUCUCAAAAAUGUCGACAGAACAACCGCAUGCCUUUUUCAACAUUUAUAACCCUACUAAAUUUUGAUUAAUAUGUAUUCUUUAGUCAAUUUUUUAUUUGAGAAAUACAUGUUUCGUGUGUAAUUAGCAAGCAUGAUCAAGUUGAAUUUAAAUGUAUUACUGCAUGUCAUGUCUAAACGGAAGCGAUUUAGUCCUGUGGAGGAUGCCACUGCACACAUUCUGUCUGGCAAAGACAAACCAUGCCUUGAGGAGAGAUUCAUUAACUCUCAUAAAGGUAGAGGUGUGUUUGCUAGCAUGUCCAUUGACAAAGGAUGCUUCAUUCUUGAAUACCGUGGAGAGUUACUUUCCCAAGAGGAGAGCCAAACAAGACAGAAUAGAUACAAUGAAACAGAAAAUACCUUCUUGUUUGAGUUUGAUUGGAAUGGAAGGCAAUGGUGCAUUGAUGCCUCAAAAGAAGAUGGUUCACUUGGGAGACUAGUGAACGAUAAUAACAAGACUCCUAACUGUAAAGUGAAAAAAAUUAGUGUUGAAGGUAAACCACAUCUGUGUUUGUUUUCGGUUAAGGCCAUAGCUUCAGGAGAAGAAUUAACAUACAACUAUGGAGAUUCAGACUGGCCAUGGCGUACUCAGUUGAACCAAGCAGUCCCUCACAAUGAGGAGAACAUACCAUCAGAAGACAGUACACAUUUUCCUGACAAAAUAAACUGUCCCAAGCCAGCUGAACAGAUUGGGAGUUAUUUGUCUGAACCCAGGCCUUCAAAUAGUGGUCAAUCCACCGACCACAACAGUGACCAUUCAUCCACAGCCUCUGACAUGAUGGAGAACCAUUCUCAGGUUAGAUCUCUUGCACUAACCCCU